AUGAUCAAUCAGACGAGGAAGAAAGUGUGCCAAGGCCUCAAGAUAUUGGGAGCAUCACGGACCGGGUUCCUGGCUCUCCAUCUGCCCAAGUCUGCCAUCUCUUGGGUGACACAGAGAACAGGAGCCGCCAGGUUUGUCGAUGUUGCGACGGAAAUGACAUCGACCUGGACCCAGCGUCUCACCAUGGACUCCAGCAUGUUUUCAUCGAGUCCGACCCCGGAACCAGACUCAAUCGCAUGGAAUUUUGUCAACGCGUAUUUUGAGGAGUCAGACGAAAUCAUAUACGGCGUGGUGUAUCGCCCUGACCUUGAGAGCAACCUACGGGCCUAUUUUCGGGGCGAGUUAACGUUACUGAAUGAUAGUGCCGGGCAGGCUUUGAGAAACACCGUUUACGCUUCAGGCUGCCGAAUAUAUCUCGCCAAAAAUUCUGACUUGGGCUUUCAAGACCUCCAAAGACUGGAGUGGAUGUAUUUCCCGAACGACUUAGCCGAGCUCACGAAAGUCCUCUUUACGGCUAAUAGUCUUCUCAGCAUCCGAGCUAUUAUGACAAUGACCUUUGCUGGCGGCUUGGGUUGUCCGUCGCCCGAGUAUCUGCUCUGUGCGAACGCAUUACGAGUAGCACAGGCAAAGGGUCUCCAUCGCCAGCCGGCUCGAGAUUGGAAUAUGUCAGAGAACGAAGCCAUCUAUGAUGACUACAUCACAUGUCACAUCCCAGAGUAUGUGCUCAAACAGCUGCUUUCGGUCAAAGGACAGCGACAAAGCCCGGCCUUAUUGCUCGAGAUGGUCAUGGACCUGGACAGCCAACUUUGCGCCUGGAGAGACUCGCUUCCUAAAGAGCUUCAACUUGCGGACGACCUCAAAUCUUUUCAGAUUGACGCCGAAGCUCGACCUGGCGUCAAAAUGGCGGUGCACUAUGAAUACUACUGCACGCUGAUCUAUAUCCACAUUAUCAUCGUAUACCCAUGGAUCAGUUCAACAUCAUUUGGUCAAAAUGAUGUCGAGAGCUUUCGGGCGCAGAUAAGACAGACCUCCGACGUCGUUCACUCUUGUGCGAGGAAUAUCUUGAUCAUGGCAAAGGGCCUUGAGAUCAAACCAAACACUACCAAGUGGGCCGCCUUCUACGUCCCCAUGCUGGGGUUGAUCAAUCUUUUAUUCACGUUCUCAAAAACACUAGGGACUUCUUGA